UCUCAAGGAAAAUCAACCAAAAUCCAAGAAUGCCGCUCGAAGAAAUGGUGUUGAUGAGGCGCCAAAAUCGAACAGUGUCAACAAUGGAGGGGUCAUGAUCUAUCCAUACGAUCCCAGCAUUUGCCAUUGCCAUACUUUGGGUAUCGGCAGUUCAAGUACUCCAGUCACAAUGCCAUCGAUUCCGCAGAUCCAGCCUUCGAGCAACAUCGGCUCCGGCCCUAAUGAUUUUCAACCCUCUCACACGAUUGGAUAUUCAAUCAAUGGUUCCUCCUUUGUGUCAGGGAAUGGUGGUCUGCCCUUCAACUUUCAGGACAGUUUCUACAGCCCAUUUAACUCGUUUGGCCAUCAACCCGCACCCACUCUAGCCCAUGACCCUUCUGACAACGCAUCCUCGAGUUCUGGCAUUCCUGCCUACUCAUCCAGUUCAGCACAACAAAGCGAGGACCAAGAUCAAGGGUACAACGACUUUGUUGGAGAUGGUUUAUGGUAGAAAAUGCAAGAGAUACACGGACGUUUGGGGAUCGCUCGAGUGAGGGAAGUGUAUGCACUGGACAUGAACGAAAACGAGGAAAAAAACCAAAAAGAAGAUACACGGCUUCAGGCGGAAGAAAGAUGUUGUUCAUUUCAGGAAACAAGCGAGAUCCUCAAUAGCGUUUAUGCUGAAAGACAUGACCCGAAGAUGUAGUAUACAUGAACCCUCGUCAGAAUCGACGGUGGAAACAUUAAACUCAAGCAGCAUUGUCUCUACCU